AUGGGCGUGUGCGCGUCUUGUCACAAUGUGAAAACCACACACACUAAAAAAAGAGCCGCUAGUGGGAAGGACGGUGGCUCUGGUACACCACGUGCAUCGGAAUCUUUUCGAAGACCAUCGUCGAUCAUGGUGAUGAACAUUUCCAACGGUGCGAUCAAAGAGUAUAAACAACCGAUUUCAGCAAGCUUCGUCGUUUCAGAGAACAACGAUAACAACAAUUGCUGCUACAUCUCAAACGCAGAGUCAAUGUGCAUCGGCACGUGUAUGCCACGCGUUCCUGACGAGGAGGAGCUUCUACCUGGUCGAAUCUACUUCAUCGUUCCUCUUUCGCAUUCUAGUUAUCCAUUGACUCUUCCUCUUCUCUGUCAUCUCGCCGUUAAAGUUAGUUCUGCACUUGCCAACACACAGAGACUAUGCGUUAACGUCGAGUAA